AUGGCUCCCCGGAGCUGGGGGGCAACUGCACUGAGAUCCUGCUGUGGGUGGGCGAGUGUUGGGGCCUGGACCCGGACGGAGACUCCUACGACUGCCUGGGCCGCUGUGGCGUGGGGUGCCAGGAGGAGGGCCCGGGGCUGUGCUCCAACUGGGCCAAGAGCUGUCUGA